AAGUACAUUCCCCGAUACCACAUUCUGCGUCAGUUGGGCGAAGAAGAAAUCAACUCUGCGCGCACAGACUCGCAGUCGGACUCACCUAGGCAGGUGUUAGUGGGAACCUACAUCAUUCCAGGCACUGAAUUCUAUGCAGUCACAAGCUACAGGAACCGGGAUGUAGUAGAGACGAAAAUCAGGCAAAACAAGAGCUCUAGAGACGAUUCAAAGGAAGGCGAAACUCCGAGUACCCCUAGGGACACUGUGGCUGAUGAGCCAACAACGUCCGCCGCAGUGACAGCCAAUGUCCAACAGCCAACCACGGCAUCACCGAUGCUUGGCAGGUCACUGUUCCCUCUGACUGAGACAUCGCCUUCUGGUGGAACUCAACGAAUACAAUGCAUUCCACAGGAGGCUCAUGCGCAAUUUGACCACCAAUUGCACCAAAGCGGCCAGAAUCCGCCAGCAGGGCAGAUAUCAAAUCAAAUUCACUUGCUGCUACACGAGAACUUCCUGAACCCACACAGUCAGGCCUUUUUCAAUUCUAUGAACUCAAACAAUCCUUCUCAGCUGGCACACACAACUCUGCAUACACAAUCUGACCUCAUCAAGGACUACUUUUCAUCGAUUAAUUUGUCCUAUGUGAAGGCCAAAGGGCACGCGUUGGUGUCAGCUGUCUCAGCUGCUGUGAUCCGCCGUUACAGCCUGUUACGUGACUAUCUGGCCUGGGAUCCUCCAAAUUCACACCCUCUGACCGUCUUCGCCCUGCCUUUAUAUUCCAGGGCGGUCCUCUCCCGGCUCAUAAGCGACCCUUUCACGGGCCGCCUGAAAGUAAAUAAGCAGGUCGGUGUGUUUCAUCGUCGUGGAAUUGUGUGA